AUGGGUUCUCUCCUUGAAGCAAUAGACGACCAUGUCGUCGUUUUCAUGUCACUUCCCGCUAUUGUUCUGUUUUUGAUUGCCGUUGGAUUCCUUUGGGGAUAUUUUCGAUCACCCCCACGUCCUAGGCGAAUUACUUAUUCUUCGGCGAGAAUUAGAAGUAUCAGCAAUUCAGAUUAUGAUUGCCCGAUAUGUAUGGAAUUCCCUUCCCUCAUGAUUGAGACAAACUGUUGUCAUCGUUUUUGUGCUGAGUGUUUUAUUCUUCAUUGGAAACGGACAAUAUAUUCUCGUGUUAUAUCCUGUCCUAUGUGUCGUGGACAAGUUUCAACAUUGACUAAAUUAUUCACUGCAGAAGAGUUGCAACAUGAGAGCACCAGACGAUCAAAAAUUGAAGCAGAUUUACAAUUAUUUAAUCGUUGGCAUUCAGGUGAACCGAUUUCAAUAAUUGAUCGUAUUAAAGACAUUCCAUUAUUUGUUUACGGAUUUAUACAAUUAUUACUUAGUGGUGAAGGCACAUUCGCUUUGAUGCAAAUCCGUUUAACUCUGUUGGGUUUAUGCGUUUUGUUUUAUUUGAUUACACCAUUCGAUUUUAUUCCGGAUGUAGUUGCCGGUUUCAUAGGAAUUUUAGAUGAUAUCAUAGUUUUAUGUAUAUUUAUUAUUCAUGUUAUCUCUGUGUAUCAGACAAUUUCUUCAAGACGAUAA